AUGGCGAAACGAGCAGCUUCUUUUUGUCUCCUCUCAUGUGUGGUUAUCUUGUUAUUGAGUUCAGUCUCAGCAGUCACAGACGAUCCUCAAGAUAAACAAGUGUAUGUUGUCUACAUGGGUUCGCUUCCGUCUCGACCAGACUACACACCAAUGUCGAAUCACAUAAGCAUUCUUCAAGAAGUCACCGGAGAAAGUUUGAUCGAAGGUCGUUUGGUGAGAAGUUACAAGAGGAGUUUCAACGGCUUCGCUGCUCGACUCACUGAGUCAGAACGAGAACGAGUAGCCGAAAUGGAGGGAGUGGUGUCUGUGUUCCCAAACAAGAUUUUACAACUCCAAACGACGAGGUCAUGGGACUUCAUGGGAUUAAAAGAAGGAAAAGGGACGAAGAGGAAUCCGACGGUGGAAAGUGAUACCAUUAUCGGAGUCAUAGACUGUGGGAUCACGCCGGAAUCUGAAAGCUUCUCCGACAAAGGCUUUGGUCCUCCUCCAAAGAAAUGGAAAGGUGUUUGCUCCGGCGGUCAAAACUUCACAUGCAACAACAAGUUGAUCGGAGCAAGAGACUACACAAAAGAAGGAACUAGAGACAGACAAGGCCACGGUACACACACAGCGUCCACUGCGGCUGGAAACGCAGUCGCGGGCACAAGCUUCUAUGGAAUCGGCAAGGGAACGGCAAGAGGCGGCGUUCCAGGCUCUAGAAUCGCCGCUUACAAAGUCUGCACCGAGACAGGGUGUACCUCAGAAGCUGUGCUGUCUGCGUUUGAUGAUGCGAUAGCAGAUGGUGUCGAUCUCAUCACCACCUCCCUCGGCGGAGACGACGCCCCCAAGUACGAUGAGGACACGAUUGCGAUCGGAGCUUUCCACGCUAUGGCCAAAGGGGUUCUCACUGUGCACUCAGCCGGUAACAACGGUCCAUCGCCAGCCACAACCGUGAGCGUAGCGCCGUGGCUCUUAUCCGUUGCAGCCAGCACAACAAACCGUGAGUUUGUCACAAAAGUUGUUCUCAAAAACGGCAAGACACUUGUCGGAAGAGCAGUGAAUUCUUUUGAUCUGAAAGGAAAGAAUUAUCCUUUUGUGUACGGUGAUUCUGACGACGAAGAAAGUAGUGAUGGAUCUCAGUUCAAGGGAAAAAUCUUAGUGGGUAGAUCUGGAGAAAUUUCAUCAGAAACAGCUGUUGCAUCCGUAUUUAAAGACUUACAAGGCUAUUCCUCGGUUACGCCUAGAAUUUUCUCUGCCCUAUUACCAGCUGACUUUGACUCUCUCGUCUCUUACAUGAACUCCACAAAGUCUCCGCAAGGCACUGUUCUUAAAACUGAGGCAUUCUUUAAUCAGACUGCUCCUAAAGUUGCUUCAUUCUCUGCUCGCGGUCCAAACACUAUCGCAGUUGAUCUUCUAAAGCCGGAUGUAACAGCACCAGGAGUUGAGAUUCUCGCUGCCUAUUCACCAUUGGGUUCACCGACUUCUCAAAGGAGCGACACAAGACGUGUGAAGUACUCUAUUCUGUCUGGAACUUCGAUGUCUUGUCCACACGUUGCAGGUGUGGCAGCAUACCUCAAGACGUUUCAUCCUAAGUGGUCUCCUUCCAUGAUCCAAUCUGCCAUCAUGACAACUACUUGGACGAUGAAUGCUACUGGAACUGGGGCUGCAUCAACCGAGUUUGCUUAUGGAACUGGACAUGUCGACCCAAUAGCCGCUCUUCAUCCUGGACUCGUCUACGAACUGAACAAAGCAGACCACAUCGCCUUUCUCUGUGGCUUAAACUACACUUCGAAGACUCUUAAAGUCAUCUCCGGUGAAGCCGUCACUUGCACUGGAAAGAUCUUGCCAAGAAACCUCAACUAUCCUUCAAUGUCUGCUAAAAUUUCAGGAUCUAAAAGCUCCUUCACCGUCACUUUCAAAAGAACCGUCACAAACCUCGGUGCCCCCAACGCUACAUACAAAUCGAAGAUUGUCUUAAAUCAUGGGUCUAAGCUCCGUGUCACGGUUUCGCCUAGUGUCCUUUCUAUGAAGUCGGUGAACGAAAAACAGUCUUUCACAGUGACUGUUAAAGGCAGCGGUCUCGACCCAAAACUGCCUUCGUCUGCAAAUCUAAUCUGGUCUGAUGGAACACAUAACGUGAGAAGCCCUAUUGUUAUCUAUUCUUAA